CGCAGAGAGUUGUGGUCAAUUCCAACGCAGAGGCCAAAACCGCCGGCCAGUCAGAGGUCGGAGGCUGUGUGUCCAGCGCGGUCAUACAGGGCCUGUGUGCGGAGCGUGCUGCCGUUUGGUUCGACUGCAGAGCAUACGAGAGAGCAGAAAGCCAGUAUUAUAUGAGGCUUCAAGAACGGCAAAAUGGGACCACGUCUGCUGCGAGCACCAACUCCCAGCGCAGCCGAGACAGUUCCUUAACCAAGCCUGUCUUUGAGCGAUCUCUUAAACAGCCAGAGUCAGUGACCGCCCCUCGUUCCCUUCAGCUCUUGCCCGCUAGCCCUUUAUAUGACGAAGGCUACCUUUCUCAAACCCCGACUCCUCCAACACCUGCAUCAGCACCGAUCAAUGGCCUCCCUCUUGUGCCUGCGUUUCUCCAGGGGGUGUGGUUUCAGAAGUCUCUUUACGACCGGGCCGAAGCUGCUUUCUAUCAGAACCUGUAUCGUGUGAAUGAGCCUCAGAAUGAUUCCACACCCGAUGAAAACCAAACGAGCCUCGGGCAUCCACGUACAAAAGCCAAGUCUGACAAGGCAAAGGAGAAGAAAUCUGGAGACAAUGGAGCCAAGAAAGCAACUAGUGAAUUAUGUCACUUCCUGCAUGCGGACAGCGAGAGGGUGUGGCUAGAACGCCAUCAGUACUUCGAGGCUGAAUCUCGUUUCUACCAAGCCGUUUCGAACAAAACCAGCUGUAGCCCGUCACCAAAAAUGAGUGCAGUUGAGUGCUUGGCUCAAGACCGGAUAUGGUUCGACAAACCUCGCUACGACGAGGCCGAGCGGACGUUCUAUGAGAGGAUGAACGGCCCUACACUUCCUCCGCAGACGCAGGACUCAGGUGCGAACACUAUUCUUCAGGACAUCGCUAGGGCUCGAGAGAACAUCCAGAAGUCCCUUGCAGGAUUGAAGACGACCUUGCAGCCAGGCUCCGCCCAUAAAUCCCCAACCCCUUCCCACAGCCUCACUACCGCGGGAGGCAGUAGUGCUGAACACGGGGAAAUUCUCACACGCAUGAAGAAACUGGAACUGGAAAACCAGAGUCUACAAAAAAUCGUGGCGGAGUUGCGUUCUGCCCUCUCGAACCUGGAGAGUCGAGUGUCGGACCUGGAGAAAAGACCGGCGACCACAGCUGCGGUGGUUAACGGCUUUGCUUCAUCUAAAACCGCUCCUCCACCUCCUGCGCAGAAAACAGCUCCCGCACCAGCAGACGAGGAUGCCGAUGAGGAGGACGAUUUUGACCUGUUCGGCAGCGAUGACGAGGUGGACGAAGAAGCAGAGCGUCUCAAAGAGCAGCGGCUUCAGGAAUACGCAGCCAAAAAGGCCAAGAAACCCGCAAUCAUCGCCAAAUCCUCCAUCCUGUUGGAUGUCAAGCCUUGGGAUGAUGAGACGGACAUGGCAAAGAUGGAGGAGUGCGUGAGGUCGAUCCAGGUCGACGGCUUGCUCUGGGGUGCCUCCAAACUGGUCCCAGUCGGUUACGGUAUUAAGAAGCUGCAGAUCAACUGUGUGGUUGAAGACGAUAAGGUGGGGACGGACCUGCUGGAGGAGGAGAUCACUAAGUUUGAAGACUAUGUCCAAAGUGUGGAUGUAGCAGCCUUCAACAAGAUAUAAAGCACUGACAUACAUUUUUUUUUUCUCUCAUUUCCAUCUGCACUACACAUGCUCUUGAUGAAACUCCAUUUGACAAUAAACAGCCCUUACUUUA